AAGAAACUGAGAGUAGCACUUGAAUGCUAACAUAUGCAAACAGAACAUUCCUUGGACAUGAUUCCAGAACAGAUUGUUUUUCGGUCCAUUAGUUCUUCGUUUUCGAUGGGGCCACGCACAGACCGCUGGGGCAAGUGGGCCUUAGCAGUCAGUGCCUUUGAGCCAAGAGUCCAGCCAUCCAGACCCUUGGCAGGACAGGAGCGCCUGGACUGCCUGGACUCAGCCCACGUAUCGUCCGGAUCCUUGGUGGAGAACUCAUGGAGGUUGAGGGAUGCGAAAUCAACGAUGCAGCUAUGCCAGGAAGAAUUUGCUUGUGCAUGGAACCAUGCUGGGUGCACACAACAAACCGCCACUAGCGGCUCUCAAAGUGUAAAGGCUGGAGGCUGCGGUGUUUUAUGUGGGAGGUCAUGAGAGUUGCAUGAGCCGUUUAGGCCCAAGGAAGUUCCCAAAUCGCGGUAGUAGCAGUAGAUCCCCUAGAAAUAGAUUGGCCGAGUGAUUGGCCGAUAUGACCAGUCUCGAUCAGAAACUGCCUGCUGGCUCUUUGGUUGAGAUCCUCUCACACCUGCCAGUGACCUCACAGCCACCCAUGAGGUCCACAUCUCAGGCCUUCAAAGGCAUCAUGACGUCGCCACUCUUCCGUCAGGUCAGGCCCAAAGAGGUCUUGGUGGUGAAGCCAAAGACUGCGAAGAAGAUGGUCAACGUCGCCAGCAAUUUGAUCAACGGCUUCAUGACACCGGAUUCGUUGCCGGUGGUGGACUCCAUCCGAUUGGAAUGGGAGAAGACCGAGGUAGGAGACAAGAAAUCCAUGUCCUUCAAGAACCCCUUCUACAAGUUUCUACAGCUACGGGUGGGUGGACAGCAAGCCAAUGCAGAGCCUUUUGAAGAAGAGCUUUACCUGAAUGGCUUGGAUCCCAAAGGAGCCGAGCCUGCCCUGCGCAAGGCUUGGUGGGCUUCAGUGCGCAGUGUUUUGGAUGGCUUGCCCAUCCCUGAGUCAGCAAGGAUCUUGUUACUUGGAGAUAGGCGCUUGGGUGGAAGAAAUGCAUACUCCUUGGUCAUGGCUUUGGUUUGGACUGGAAGCGAUUAUGGCGUCCUGAAAUGCAACCUUGACCCCGCCUAUUUGGACUGCAAUAUGCAUUGCAGCGGUGGCAUCAAGGAGAACACCGUGACCGCAGCCCUGGGCGUGUUGCUCAAAAGGGCCCACAAGAUUAACACCUUCAAAACUUUUGCCGCAGCCUUUGAGACAGCUCUGAACAAGAUGAUCGACGACCAUGCAUGGGGUGAUGAGUGGGUGUAUCCUCCAUUGGAUGGUGAACCGGAUGAAGACCCCGAUGUUUACUUCGACGAGGACACCAUGGACGGCUAUUUCAAGACCUUUGACCAACCAGAUUUGGGCUCAUGGUGCUUUGGGAGGUGAAUCACUCCCAGUUGUUUGGGAUCCUGUACCUAAAUGGGUUCCACUACCUGUUUGUUCUAAUCAUUUGGGUGGCAUUCCCUCGUGCCUGGGGGCAAGGGCGCCAGAGAUGCCGCUGCUGCAAGGUCAAAA